GAUCUCCUUCUCCUUUCAUAAUAUUUCUAAGGAGCAGCGCGGGAAUCCUAAAUCGGAACCAUGCCUCAGUUUCGAUCCUUCUUGUUCAAAUCCAGUCGCUUCCAUUCACGCUCUAGUUCCAUUAGUUCGGCCACUUCCUCAGUCUCCCGUUCUCACUUCGCUCCGUUUUCUCCUCAUUCUGACCUUCUCGACCGCCCUGCUUCGAAUGGCUUUUCGUAUCUUCGUCGUCUGCUUCAAUAUUCUAGCGCCUUUGGUUCCGACAAUGAUUUGCGUCGAGGUCUCUCAAUUCGGAAGAGUUUGAGCAAAAUGGGAAGUGGAAAUGUUAGGGGUUUCUGUACCGAGCCUGACCGGGAGUCCAUAGAGUAUGACGUCGUAAUCGUCGGGGCUGGACCUGCCGGUUUAUCUGCGGCGAUUCGGUUUAAGCAAAUGUGCCGUGAAAAGGAUGUCGAUUUGUCAGUAUGUGUCGUCGAGAAAGGUGCUGAAGUCGGUGCUCAUAUUCUUUCUGGAAACGUUUUUGAACCCAGAGCACUGAAUGAGCUUCUUCCGAGGUGGAAGCAAGAAGAGGCUCCAAUCAGUACCCCUGUUACUUCUGAUCAGUUUUGGUUUCUGACCAAGGACCGUGCAUUAUCGCUUCCAUGUCCUUUCAGCAAUCAGGGAAAUUACGUAAUAAGUCUUAGUCAGUUAGUACGUUGGAUGGGAGUGAAAGCUGAAGAGCUGGGAGUAGAAAUAUAUCCGGGAUUUGCUGCUAGUGAGAUAUUAUUUGAUGCAAACAACAAAGUUAUUGGCAUUGGAACUAAUGAUAUGGGAAUUUCAAAAGAUGGUUCGAAGAAGGAAAAUUUUCAGCGUGGCGUUGAGAUUAAAGGUCGCAUAACACUUCUGGCUGAGGGAUGCCGAGGAUCAUUAUCAGAGAAAAUUAUAAAGAAGUUCAGCCUGAGAGAGAAGAGCAGGGCACAACAUCAGACAUAUGCCUUGGGAAUUAAAGAGGUUUGGGAAAUUGAUGCAGAAAAGCACCAGCCUGGGGUAGUACUUCACACACUGGGCUGGCCCUUGGAUCAUAAGACUUACGGGGGAUCAUUUCUGUAUCACAUGAAUGAUAGACAAAUAUCUAUAGGCCUUGUGGUUGCUUUGAACUAUCAGAACCCUUAUAUGAAUCCUUAUGAGGAAUUCCAGAAACUUAAGCAUCACCCUGCAAUCAAAACAUUUCUGGAAGGUGGAACAGUCAUCCAAUAUGGAGCUCGAACUUUAAAUGAGGGUGGUUUGCAGUCUAUCCCCUAUCCAGUAUUCCCUGGAGGAGCAAUUAUUGGAUGUUCUGCUGGCUUCUUAAAUGUGCCCAAGAUAAAAGGAACUCAUACAGCUAUGAAAUCAGGAAUGCUUGCAGCUGAAGCUAUAUUCAGUGUGCUUAAUGAAGGUCUGGAAAUGGACGAAUACUGGGAUGCUUUGAGGAAAUCAUGGGUUUGGGAAGAACUAUUAAGAGCUAGGAACUAUCGACCCGCCUUUGAUUAUGGACUUAUUCCAGGACUUGCCAUAAGUGCUUUGGAACAUUACAUACUCAAGGGGAGGCACCCAAUUACCUUGAAGCAUGGUGAACCUGAUCAUGAAGCUACACAUGUUGCAAAGUUAUAUUCUCCUAUUCCUUACCCAAAGCCGGAUGGCGUUUUCUCAUUUGAUGUACCUACCUCAUUGCACAGGAGCAAUACAAAUCAUGAACAUGAUCAACCUCCUCACCUUCGGUUGAGAGAUCCAAAGAUCCCUGAGCUUAUAAAUUUACCAGUGUAUGCUGGUCCUGAGUCGCGAUAUUGUCCUGCACGAGUAUAUGAGUAUGUCCCGGAUGAGCAGAAUCAGCCAAAAUUGCAGAUAAAUGCUCAAAAUUGCUUACAUUGCAAGGCAUGUGAUAUUAAAGAUCCAAAACAAAAUGUAGAGUGGACGGUGCCUGAAGGCGGCGGGGGCCCGGGCUACUCAAUCAUGUAGAUACAGACAGAGAUAACCCGUACAGUGUCCCUGAAAAUAGGGUUGGAAGAUGGACGUGUCCCUGGGGUAUAAUAUCUUCCAGAUUAAUGUGUAGUGACACUUGAUUCUAAAUUACUUCCCUUUGAAAGUAUGCCCACUGCUUCGAAGACAGGUUCCAACGAACAAAACCUCAUGUUCAGUUAUAAAUGCAAAUGCAUGCAAGUCCGCUAUAAAAAUUGUAAUGUAUUGCUUAAUA